AUGAGUGAACCAAGUGAUUUAGAAAGUUGCGAAGCAGAGGAUACUGUACUAACAAAUGUUGAAAGUGAGGUUGAAAGCUUGUUUACAAGAAAGAUUGCAUCUACCGAGAAGGGAGCGUUAUCAGGAGAAGAACAUAUAUUUGUGAACAUAGACAAUCCAAACUCUACCAUUAUUAUUAAUAAGAUCAGCGAUGAAUAUGACCUCAACAUUGAUGCUAUUGCAUUCAAACUUGAUAAAAAAUUCAGCUUAGAAAUAAUAGAAGAUAUUAAAUUUUUAAUACAGUAUUGUAAUAUGGGGACAACAGCGCAAAUAAAAUAUUUACAAGGCAAAUACCCCACUCAUCUAAUAUAUAGCAAGGACUUAUAUGCUGCAAUUAGAAAGUUUCGCCCUAUAGCUAAAUCUCUUUUGAAUAAUGCUACUUAA